GGAGAACGCACCUCAUUAUCACUAUCUAUUCGAGAUAAGCGCUUUAGCAUAUAAAACUCGCGUCCGGCUUUGCUGUGCCGUUCAAUUGUUUUCUUGACUUCGAAGCGUACGGAACGUUUCUCGGGUUCGUGAAUUUGUGUGGUUCAAGCAUCAAUUUUUGAUUCAGAGCAUAUAGCAGCAUGGCCUCGAAGGUUCCAUUUGUGACGCUCAGCAACGGGCAGAAGAUUCCCAUCCUCGGUCUGGGCACAUGGGGAUCCCCUCCCGGUGAGGUCGCGCAGGCGGUCAAGGAUGCCAUCGACGUUGGCUACCGGCACAUCGACUGUGCUCACGUCUAUCAGAACGAACACGAGGUGGGUGAAGGCGUGAAGGCCAAGAUCGAUGAAGGAGUGGUGAAGCGGGAAGAUCUUUUCAUCACCAGCAAGCUCUGGAACACCUUCCAUCGGCCGGAACUGGUAGAGGGUGCAUGCCGGACGACGCUGAAGAACCUCGGGCUCGAAUACAUCGAUCUGUAUCUGAUCCACUGGCCGAUGGGUUACCGUGAGGGUGCCGAACUGUUCCCGCAGGACGCCAACGGCAAGACGGCCUACUCCGAUGUAGACUAUGUGGAUACGUACAAGGCGAUGGAGAAGCUCGUCGGACUCGGUUUGGUCAAGAGCAUUGGUAUUUCGAACUGCAACGCCAAGCAGGUGGAGCGGGUUCUGGCCGCGGCCACCAUCAAACCGGUAACGAACCAGAUCGAAUGCCACCCGUACUUGACUCAAAGCAAGCUGUCUCCAUACUGUACCGAGCGCGGGUUGGUUGUAACCGCUUACAGCCCGCUCGGUUCGCCGAAUCGUCCCUGGGCCAAGCCAGACGAUCCGCAGCUGAUGGAGGAUCCGAAGAUCGUCGAGUUGGCGAAGAAGUACAACAAAACGGCGGCCCAGGUUCUCAUUCGCUACCAGAUUCAGCGCGGCCAUGUGGUCAUUCCGAAGUCGGUGACUAAGUCACGCAUUGCGUCGAACUUUGAAGUGUUUGAUUUCGAGCUCACGCAGGACGAUAUCAAGCUGAUCGAUUCAUUCGAUUGCAAUGGACGGCUGGUACCAAUCACAAGUGCCGCCGGACAUCCGUACCAUCCGUUCGAGAACGACGAAUUCUAAAGAUUUCGCGUGAUGUCGACGAGCCUUGCUACGAUUUAAAAAAUCACAUUUGUUUGGAGAUUAGCAGAUGGUUGACCAUUCCGUUUCGAUUAAUUAUUGAUGCGAUAUAAUCAUCGUGAAUAAACUACGGUCAUUC